AUGGAGACGCCCGCACAGCGGAUAACACAGCACUUCUAUGCAAAACCGAUGCAGUUCGACAAGAAAGACCACUGGUCAGUCGAACUUUUAUAUGCUGGGACGUGCGACUCGAGCAGUGGAGAUGACCCGAGGUAUGCUAUAAAACCAGUGCAUUUUGCUGCCCACUUCUAUACAAGUCACUACAUAGGUGGACGAGAGGGAAACAAUGCUUUUUUGAAGUUUGAACCUGAAACUGAACGCAUUUCGCCAGGAGAGUUACUCAUAGGAGAUGGUAUGAGCUACAAAGACAUUGUGAAGUUGUCAAAGGAAGCGAACGUUAGCUCUGGUGAGAUUGCGGUCUUACAAAAAGCUAAAACAUUGCAUAAAUGUUUUCUUCUCUUAGCCAUCAAUAUUAACGUACAGUACAUGGACAAUAUGGUUGUGGUAGCUACAAGGCUAGGUCUUCUUGAUGUGGCUAGCGCAUUUGCAGAAGGACCUGCGAGAUCAAAUUUGAACGAUUUGCAUAGAGAGACGCUAAAGCAAGUUGCUUUUGAAGGAUACAACCUACGCAAUCCUGCGCUACCCGAACGAAUUCUUCCGGUAUCUGUACUCAAGAAAGGAUAUAACAAUGCUAAUAUUACACCACUGCACACAGCUGCUAUCAAUCCUAAUGUGAAGGUAUGUUAUGUACCU